CCCCAUUCUGGGGAUGUGCGCUGUCUCGCCAUCAUUGUGUAUCCGGUGACGUUCGUUGUAAACGCGCGACCUGGGACCUCGUCCACAAGCUACCUACGUACCAGUGAAUGUUUGCCCUCAGCCACGGCCAAAGCCUCAGAUUUGCAGUGGCGCCGGCUCAGUAACCAAACAAUGGCCUGUGAUUUCUUUGUAACCUGCCGUUUCCGUCGGCAAGGGCGGUGGUCUGUUCCUUUGUCCAAGGUCGGCCAUGCCUAGCAGACCCGUUCCUGGGCUUGCCGAACGCGGCCGGUUCAACCGGCAUCCCAUCACAAUGAGCAUUCCAGCUUGCCUUGUGAAGAGAGCAGCAAAACAGAGAAAAGAUGGCGUCUCUCGCUGAGACACGAUCUCUCUUGGUCCUCGACUCGGCCAAGCUACCGCCAGUCAGACGACAGCAGCGUCGACGAGACAAGUCAGCAAAAUGGCCAACCUCAACCUGAAAGCUGUGCCGGCGCACUUGGCAGAGCACGAGGACGACGACCACGCCGCCCAGAGGGGCUACAUCAAAGGCACUGAUUUCGCCCUGCCCUACUUUUCGCAGUGGUCGCGCCUACACGAGGCCGACGUCAACGACGGCCUGCUGCGCCAUGUCAACUGCGGCUAUCUGUCCACCCACGGCGUGCCGCCCACGCUGCUGGCGCUGAAGCAGCACGCUCAGUCCCUGUGCGUGCUCAUCCACGCGCUGAACCCGACCCUGAAGUCGGGCGAGAUCGCCGCCGGCGGGAGAAGGGGGGCGGGCGAGGCCGCGGACGACCCGUUGGCGAUCAAAUACGAGCUCAACGACGCGUUCGACUUCCUCACCGACCUGUCCGUGCCCUACACCAACGACGACCCGGACCACCACAAGCCGCUGAUGGCACUCGUGAACGAGGUGCGCGGGCGGCACGAGGCGCACGGCACCACCUACCACUGCCCCUUCGCCGAGACCAAGCCGCGCGGCAAGGGCGAGAAGCAGAAGCCCUACGCCAACCACCACGCGCUCAUCAUGCACGCCAACGCCUGCCUGGAGCGCCUCGACCACGAGUUCAGCAGCACGGGCGGGCUGAUGAGCUUGCUGCCCAACCCGCCGGCCGCGGACGCGGAGAACACGGACCUGGCCAACGCGCGCAACAGCCUGCUCGGCCAGUGGCUGCUCUUCACGCAGCACCUGGUGGCGCGCAUGCACGAGCUGGAGCGCGCCUACGGCAACGCGCUGGACGCGCUGGCCGGCGAGGCCGCCGUGCCGCACCAGCACCUCAGCGCGCUCGGCCCGGACGCCCGCUCGGUCGGCCGCGAGAUCGCCUACCCGCAGGACCGCUGGGUGCUGGUCAACGCGGGCGACGACGUGUUCGCCUACGUGCACCAGCUGCUCGACAAGCAGGAGGCGCUGGCGCAGGCGCGCGAGCAGGUGUGGCGGCGCAACGGCGCGGCCGGCGAGCGCGUGUGGCAGCGCGAGCGCGGCGGCCGCGACUACGCGCGCGGCAUCGUGCCGGUCGACCUGGUCACGCGCUUCUACCGGCUGGCCGGCCGCGGCCGGCAGAGCACCCUCUUCGUGCUGCCGGCCUGGGAGCACCACCCGGGGGUGGCGCACACGCGCGCGCUCGAGGCGCAGCCGACCGUCGUCGCCUGCCCGCAGCCCAAGUUCCCCGCCCGCGCGACCGAGCUGGAGAAGCGCUACACGGCCCGCCUCGAGGCCGCCCAGCGCGCCGAGCUGGAGAACCUGCGCCUCCGCGCCGAGGCCGACGACGCCCGCGCCCAGGCCGCCCUGCUGGCCCGCCAGAACGAGUGGCUGGCCAAGACGCGCGACGCGCUGAUGCUCGCCGUCGGC